AUGCUCUCUAUUUUCCGCGAUCCGGGAUCGGUCCCCGCGCACUACGUUCCCGACGCGGAGGGCGACGCGGAGAUUAACGCGGAGGCGGGGAGAUUAACUCCGGUGCUGGUGGAGGUGAAGCGGAAGGGCGGCGAGGCGCGGUAUUGUCAGAAGUGCGGCGCGUACAAGCCGGCGCGCUGCCACCACUGCCGCAUCUGCAAGCGCUGCGUGCUGAGAAUGGACCACCACUGCGUGUGGAUCAACAACUGCGUGGGCCACGCCAACUACAAGGCCUUCUUCCUCUUUGUUCUCUAUGACGUUAUUGCUCUCACUCACACCGUGGCUCUUCUCAUUGCGUUCUUCAUUUCCUCCUGUCUACCACUGCUGAUCGCUCUGGUGGUGCUGCUCGUGUGGCACUGCUACCUCAUUGCCAUCAACAAAACCACCAUUGAGCACUACAAGAGCGUGAGGGUUCCAGUACACUAUGAGGGUGUGAGGGCGAGACUAGUGAGCCCAAGACCAGUGGUGCCAAGUCAACCACCCCCCUCCCACCCAUACGACCUUGGGAUCAUCGCCAACCUCUCUGCAGUAAGCACUCGCAAACCUUCCCCCUCUGCUUCCUCCCACCCAUACGACCUUGGGAUUAUCGCCAAUCGCUCUAUCCUAGGGCCAGAGGCGCUGUGCUGGCUGUGUCCCAACGACACGCGGCACAUCUCAGACGGUCUGCACUUUGACACCGCCUACUCCAUCUCGCGCCGCUCCCAGCUCUCUCUCGACCACCACACCGGCCACCUGGACCAUGUAGACCGCCUAUUAUAA